AAAGAUAGGCAUUUCUCCUUACUCCACACAACUGUUCACCGAGCAGCAACAAUAACGACAAGAUUACAUUUGUAUACCGUCUUUCACGUUUCAGGGUUUUAUCGAACUUACUUGUGGGCUGGUGAGAAGCAGAAGAGGAGGGUUCACUUCCUUUCUGCUUAUCAGUACAUCAAAAUAUCUCAGGUCGGGGAAGGGGUGGGGAGGCCUUAUUAUGCAGUGAAUUUACAGAAAACUGAAAGAUGGUUUACAGAGAAUUGAAACUGAUAGUGAAAGUUCUGGAACCAGAAGAGAGAUGCUCACUGUGGACAGAAAGAGAUGGCAAUGUUCACUGGUUGCUGUUGCUCGGUGGCUCUGAUCUCCCUCUUAGCUCUGCGAUGGUCACCGGAGGCCAAGGUUGUCAGCUCGUUCGAAGAGUGUAAGGGCUCCUUUCACCACGGCUCCGAGCCCGAGGGCUUUGACUCCCGCACACGAGUGAUCAGGAUCUGCCAGAAGAAGGAUAAUGUCUACCACUUUGCCACCCUGUACUCCCCAGAGUAUCGGAUCCCUGUGUACGCGGCCUACAACUACACUAACUCCACAACCAGAGGCAGGUGCCCAAACUGUCCCUGGCUCAUCGAACCACAGCUGGACCAGCCGGACGGUGAUGACGAGAUGGCAAAGCCAACAACCGUCAGGGGGGCCGGGGAGAACCAGGCUCUGGAUAGUGAUUACACAGGUUACAAUCGGGGUCACCUGAACCCAGUGUGUCUGAACCCCAGGAACCCUGAGGCCACCUUCACCCUCACCAACGCUGUCCCCAUGAACAAAACCCAAAACAUCAACUGGUAUUGGUACUCGGAACAUGUUAUCAGGAACCACAUCAGUCACAUCUGCAUCAAUGGCCAGCUUUACCUGGUCACCGGCACCCUCCCGUCCAAGAAAUUCACCCAGAAUGGUAGAGUGUCCGUCCCCACUGUGGUCUGGACGGCUGUCUGCUGCUCUGCCGAAUGGGACCAGGUGAAUGGCUUAGGAUAUGACUUCUCCUUCGCCUUAAUCCAGAGCAACAUCCGUUUGCCUUUAGAGAAUCUCAUUGACAUCGGAGAUCAAUGGGUCGCGCCACUGACGGUGGAACUGCUACAGACCAUCUUGGGGGAGCAGCCGAUGGGCUGGGGGAGAAACCUGACCAUCUUCCCAGACAGAUGCCAAUGGAGGGAGAAAGGCAAAGAGAAGGAAGAUAAUAAAGAGGAGGAGGUGAAGCAGAGGAUAAGGAACGAGCAGGUCAUAAAUAAAGUGGCCCAGAUCUUAUCAGCCCGAGCCCAGAAAUCCCAUUCUAAACAAGCCCAGAAAUCCCUGUUGAAGAACUCCUGGACCUACAUGUGGCAGUGCAUGUGGGAUGCCAUCUCUGUUCGAGCGUGUGCUGGGUGGGAUGCCAUGUUCUGGCUGGACUCUUCGGUUUCUUGGGCUUGGGUAGGGGCUGCGAUAGAGGCUGUGACAGGGAUGACCUCUGCUGGUUGGGUUGCGGCGCUCCUGACUGGUGGGGCUGUGAUAGGGGCUGUUGGGGCUGCAAUAGGGGCUGUUAAGCAGGGGUGCAGGAUGCCCCAUUGUGGGGGAGGAGCAAAGAGAGGGACGGCCCACAUUAAUGAGGCUGACGGUGAUGACAGUGAUAAGGAUGUAAUGACUGACAGGGAAGACAGUGAUAAGGAUGUAAUGACUGACAGUGAAGACAGUACUAAGGAUGUGAUCGCUGACAGGGAAGAUAGUGAUAAGGCUGUCAGUAAGGAGGAUGUGGCAGAGGAUUUGAUGAUAGCUCUCAGUGAUGAGACUGUGGCCAAGCUGAAGGCUCUUAUUGAUCAUGUUCUUUCCGUGCUGAGGGCUCCCAGUGAUGAGAAUGUGAGGGCUCCCAGUGAUGAGAAUGUGAGGGCUCCCAGUGAUGAGGAUGUGAGGGCUCUCAGCGAUGAGGAUGUGAGGGCUCCCAGUGAUGAAGAUGUGAGAGUUCCCAGUGAUGAGGAUGUGAGAGUUCCCAGUGAUGAGGAUGUGAGGGCUCCCGGUGAUAAGGAUGUGAGCGCUCCCAAUGAUGAGGAUGUGAGGGCUCCCAGUGAUGAGGAUGUGGGGGUUCCCAGUGAUGAGGAUGUGGGGGUUCCCAGUGAUGAGGAUGUUAGGACUCCUAGUAAUGAGGAUGUGGGGGUUUCCAGUGAUGAGGAUGUGGGGGUUCCCAGUGAUGAGGAUGUGAGGGCUCCCAGUAAUGAGGAUGUUAGGACUCCUAGUGAUGAGGAUGUGGGGGUUUCCAGUGAUGAGGAUGUGGGGGUUCUCAGUGAUGAGGAUGUGAGGGCUCCCAGCGAUGAGGAUGUUAGGACUCCUAGUGAUGAGGAUGUGGGGGUUCUCAGUGAUGAGGAUGUGGGGAUUCUCAGUGAUGAGGAUGUGAGGGCUCCCAGCGAUGAGGAUGUUAGGACUCCUAGUGAUGAGGAUGUGAGGUUUCCCAGUGAUGAGAAUGUUAGGUCUCCUAGUGAUGAGGAUGUGAGGGCUCACAGUGAUGAGGAUGUGGGGGUUGAUGAGGAUGUGAGGGCUCCCAGCGAUGAGGAUGUUAGGACUCCUAGUGAUGAGGAUGUGGGGGUUCUCAGUGAUGAGGAUGUGGGGGUUCUCAGCGAUGAGGAUGUGAGGUUUCCCAGUGAUGAGGAUGUUAGGACUCCUAGUGAUGAGGAUGUGAGGGCUCCCAGUGAUGAGGAUGUUAGGACUCCUAGUGAUGAGGAUGAUGAGAAUGCAAAAUGGCUGAUUUCCCCGGUGUGGGAGCCACACUCCAGGCCAUUCUUCCCGGCUGUGCUUGUCCUUCAGGGCGCCUUCGCCAGCGUCAUGGUGGUCCAGGGAUACAGUGUGUUCCAUUUCCCAGGACUUCGGCCCUGUCCUGGCCUGGGUGAGAGCCCUCCUGCCCAGAUCUGCCCUGGGCAUUGUUCCCAACCCGACUGCAGCAGUCAAUGA